AUGGACAAAUCCCCAACUCCCAGCUCUGCUCCAAGUAGGUCCAGCACGGCCAAUUCCUUGUCAGAACCGAAUUCGACUCAAGACGUAGGCUCUAGACGUCCUAAAAGGUCUGCUUCGCUGAAUGUUGACUACAACUUGAAAAAGCGCAAGAUUAUACCUGUCGAUGACUUUCUCAACAAUAAGCGUCCUGGGAUCCUCCCUGUGGCAAAUGAGUAUGAUGAGGUUUCGUCGGACGAUUUGCCCGCAAAAGAAGUUUUGGAAUGGUCCGGAGAUGGUCAUUUGACCUUCAACGAACCGAAAGCAACCGACCCUGUUAAUGGAGUCACUGGACUUCCCUUGAGCUCGGGGCCACCAGAUAAAGUAAAGAAAGAAUGCUUUUGGAAUCAUAGAAAAAGUGCGGAAAAUACUGCGAAGUCCACUCCCCAGAAAUCGGGCAGUAUAAGCCGAGGGGUGUCUUAUAAAGACGGUCUUCUAACUCUUCGCUCGGAGAAACUAACCUCCCUGAGCCAACUACGUGAUAAAAUAAAGCCCAAGGACAUUUACAAAGAAAACAGGCAAAAUAGAAAGCGACCGGGACCCAAGCCAAGGCACUUUCCUUUGCACACCAAAAUCAAGGCAACCUCAGCCAAAGAGAACAAACUCUUCGGCCAAAAUUCCAUAACGAAUCAGAAGACGAUAGCCGCUUCGACUCUUGACCAAGAUGCCGUGAUUGAAAACGAAGACUUUUGUGCCAGCUGUCUCCAGCCAGGUGUUUUCUUGUGCUGCGACACUUGUCCUAAAUCUUUUCAUUUCGCGUGCUGUAAUCCUCCUUUGGAUGCGGACAAUUUGCCAGAGGGGGAUUGGUCUUGCACCGAAUGCCAAUUCAAGAUGAAAUGCCCUAACAAAAGUUCUGCUAAUAAAUUGGAGAAAGAGUUCUUGGCUGAUCUAAGAGAGGCCCAGGGCUCUUCUCUUUUCGGGAAGCUUCUCUUUAGGUUGGAAAAGGCAAAUCCAAGACAGUUUCAAUUAUCGCAUUCUCUGCGAGAUAGCACAUUUGUUAACGUUCAUACAGGGAAUCAUGGCGAAUACACGGACGAUUCUCUUAAGGAGCCGCUAAACGAAAAGCAACUGUUUGGUGCUCCUUAUGGCCAGAGUCUGACAAAAAUGGAUCAAUUCAACCCUGAGCUGCAUAUUGAUCAAGAAAACAACAAGUUGCUGGUAUGUUACAAUUGCCGUCAAUCCAAGAUGGGUACAGUGGACCAUCCUGAGGACGAACGGCUGAUAAUGACUUGCGAUUAUUGUUCUACACCUUGGCAUCUCGAUUGUCUGCCCGAUGUGCCGCGUGCCUCUUUCAAAAAUUUGGGCAGUAGAUGGAGCUGCCCGUUACAUGCAAAUGACCUGAUCAAGAAUAAAAGAAGAAGACUCAUUCGAAACCAAAAAUUUCUGCAUACCGAUGUUAUGGGCGCCAUUCCUAAUGACGGAGAUAUUGAUGUGAAAUUGGAUGAAAUCGCAGUCCCUUUGACAGAGGAAGUCAUCAAAGAGAAAAAGACCAAUACAGAUUCCGCAAUAGUCAGACUGCCUGAGAAGUCAAUAAAGCUUGAUUUCAUAGAUAAAAUCUAUCGCGCUCGAAAUGCGCAAAGACAGUUGUAUUUUAAUGAGCAAGAAAAGCUAGUAGACAAGAUAACCGCAACACCUGCUGUGGGUUCAUCGACCAUGAAGGAUAUCUCUUCGCUACUGUACUUUUCGCUCGGAAAUAGCAAUCUCAAAAAGCAUUGGGACUUCAAAGAACUAUGCAAUGUUGCAACGACAGAAUUGAUAAGAGACGAGAUAAACAUGAGCGAGAUUACGCAGUUGUUGCUACUGAAGAAGGCAUUGGAGGCAAAGGAUAAGAAAGAGGUGAUGAGGUUUUUUGGCAUAUGA